UCCAGGAUUUUAAUCAGAAUGGCGUUGGCUGCUCAAAAGGCACUUUUAGAUGAAUUAAUGGGUAAGAAUCGUAAUGCCUGCAACGGAGAGAAUGCAAGUGGCCCUCAUUGGUCUGAUGAAGAUGUUUGCAAGUAUUUCCUCUGUGGCUUCUGCCCACACGAUUUAUUCGUCAAUACGAAAACAGACCUGGGACCAUGUACGAGAACACACGACGACCGAAUGAAGGACGCAUAUAAACGGAGCAAACGGUGCGGAAAAAUGGGAUACGAAGAGGAAUUUGUUCAGUAUUUGAAACACUUGCUGGAUGAUGUGGAAAAGCGAAUAAGACGGGGUCAUGAGCGCCUAGCUGUCAACAAGUGUUUGAACAACCCUGAUCCGGUUACAGCCACUGAGAAAAAGGAAAAGAUUGCCGCCCUAACGAAACGGAUAAAUGAUCUAGUCAAACAAGCUGAGGAGCUUGGCACUGAAGGUAAGGUUGAUCAGGCACAGGGGGUGCUGAAACUCUGCGAACAACUCAAAUUCGAACGAUCCCAGUUGGAGGGCGAUGCUCGCCCUGGAAUGUCACAGACGAAGGAGCUCGAAGUCUGUGAAAUCUGCGGGGCGUUCCGUAUCAAAGACGAUGCUCCCCAACGCGUUGAAGAACAUUUGUCUGGAAAAAUGCACUUGGGUUAUGCGAAGAUUCGGGAUUAUUUGAGGCAAUUCAGUGAACGACGGCGAUCUCCAGUCCGACCUUUCAAGCGCGAAGGUAGAACACUCGAAGACCGUUCUCCAAGACACCGUGAACGUCGUUUUAGUGACGACCGCAGUCCCCGGUCUAGUUCCCACGGACACCGGCGCAGUCACGGCCAUCGCGAUGAAGGCCGUCAUUCUUCGAGGUAUGACCACAGAGACGACCGCCGUCGGCAUGAUCGGUCACGAUCUCGUUCACGUCGCCCAAGUGAUCGACACCGCCACGACUAUCCUUCUAAGUCCGUCAAACGCAACCCGUCGCCCUUCAGUGCCGCUCGACGUCCUCCUGAAGGGGCGGAAGAUUAUUGAGGUGUUUAUCUUUCAUCCGAUUUUUCUAGAAUAAACUGUACAUAUAUUUUAACCCAGGGUUCUUUCGCUUACAAGGGACGUCUAGGUUUUGCAAGUAGUAUCUCUGUUUCUGAGUGAUUUGUGCAUCUGUCAGUCCAUUCUAUUGACAGAACCACUGAACGCUGUCGGUUUUUGCAAUUUUCUACGUUCAUUUCGGGUCCUCACUCAUCAACCCUAUCCCCGUCCAUCUGGCCCCAGCUUCUUUGGUCGCGAAGAUCCUUAUUCGUCACUUGUGCUUACCGAAGCCAAAUCAUUCCCGAGAAUUGUUGAGGACUUCGAAAAGACUCGAGUAAAUCAAC